AUGACCUUCUCUCACAAUUUAUGGUUCACAUCUAACAUAACCCUUCAGUCGAAUCAGAAACCUUACAAGGUCAGUGAGGGCGUCUACAGGGUGGACAGUGAAUACCUUCGGAUGCACGAGGCGAGAGACCCUGCUUACAUUGGUGAGUUACUGCAAAAAGCGGUUUAUAGAGAACCCUCGGUAAAGCCACUUAUCAUGCAUGCAACGUACCAGGUGCUUGUCUAUAGCGGGUACAUGGUGAUGGAUGGCUCUGGAUAUUGCUGUGACUAUGUCGUCUACCAACCCAAUCAAGAUCAUUCUCUCACAUGUGUUCAUGUCCUGCCAUCGCCGGUGAUUUCUGUGCACUCUCUAGUCCAGUAUGUUCGCAGAGCUCAAUCAGUUAAAAAGGUGACAUGUUUAGCCUUUUGUUCGCCUAACCGUCAAGAUUGUGCCCAGACAGUCGCACCUGCACCUACAGAUGCAGAUACAGUAUCACCCCCCUCAUUCUUCAUAGCUCCUCAUAUGCGUACUAAUAUACCUAUCAAGUCAAUUAAACGCACCGAAGCAGCCAAUACUUUUGAGAUCUCCGCCGACUACGGCUCCUUUUUCCUCCGCUUCCUUUUUAUAGAGCACGUCUCAAAACGUGUGCACAAGGCAAAGGUCACUACAGAUGCUGUCAUACGAAUUGACAACGGGAAGACUAUCCUACGUAGUAGUUCAAGAAACGAUUCCACCUACUAUCAAUCCCCAGACGGUGUCGUGAGCUUUGGCUCUCAGUGUGCGACUGUACUACCCAUGCAUUACAUAGAUCCUGUAUCCAUAGGAGAAGAUGUAGCGUACCACAAUUCGGUGCACGAAUACUACAGGGUGAUCCGCGAAAUAAACCGGUCUACGCACACGUUUCCCCGAUGUCUGCAUACUAUCACCUGCGCAGAGCCCAACUCCUUUUACCGUUGGCUCGAGCAGAGAGAACUUGCCAGGCUGACACCCAAGUCUCAUUCUGACCUUCUUAGGGGAGUGAUAGUGGAAGACGCUUUGGAGGCAUAUGAUCGUGGACUAGGGUACACUCCACAACCUAACUGCCUGCCAAGCAAUCUCAUUGAGCAGUUUAGAGGCUAUAUACUUUACAAGUACCUGUGCAGUGGUAGUGUGUGGUCGUAUCCAUCGGGCGUGAAACUGGAGUGGGCUGCAACGCAGGACACAGGCCAGCGUGGUAGUGACUCUAAUAUGAUGCUCACUUCUGCUGCAGCUGGAACUCUCAGAGAGAUUGCCAAAUCAAUGGUUGUCUCUGAAGUUCUUUCGCUUGGUGUUCCACGGAUGGAGAUAGCAGGAUACGUAAGUGCUCAAAAGACUUUACAUGUGCAUUGCUGUGCUCCUUCUUGUAACCUGCUCUUUUCUACCUGUCCCGCUCAUCUGUUUGACCGCCAGUCUUCUUCUCAAACUCUGUACAAGGAUCUCUGCCCACUUAGUAAGCACAUCCUCACACACUUCCCGACAUUCCCAACAUGGCGCCCCUUUUGCUGCAUUCACUGCAUUGGUGCACUACUGGAAGCUUCUAGAGGGUCUAUGAAUCAGCCUGCUUUCCCCAUAGACGAAAGUGAUAUGGUCAGUCACGCCAAGUCGACUCUUGGAGGCCCCAUUCAGGAGGACAUGGGCACAAAUCAAAACAUAACCGAUGAUCAAGAUAGAGAUAUCAAUGGUGACGACGAAAACAGCUCUCCUUCUAGCUCUGCAGAACCCACGGAGACUCGACGCAAGCGUGGUCCGAAGUCUCUCGUCUAUAGAGGUGAUAGUUCGAAGAAUGAAGCUCGCAUGCCCAUGAUACCAGAAGCCGCCGUGUACUUGGAGUCUCUGGCUGAUGCUCCCAGGACCAAAGGUGGCCAGCUGGUGGACGUGGACUUCAUUAAAUUUUAUUUUUCUACGAUUGCUGAAUACACACUACAUUUACAAUUACACGGAAUAAUUACUCAUAAGGGCCACUUUUCAAGGCUUGGUGAAGAAGAGCUCCUCACCACUUGGCGCUCGGGCAUGUCACUGAGUCAGCACUACAUCCCCUAUCUUUGUCCUGUUUGUCACUUCAGUAACACUGACUACGACUCUGUCCUAGAGCAUUUGCUUCUCCACCCCACGUGCAGCGCGCUCUUGGAGUCACCGGAGGCAAUCCUUUCCCAACUUGCAAUCAAGAACUAUAAAACUCACAAGAAAAAACUAUUUAUUUCGCGCCGCGCAGAGAAGAACGCCGACUCCUAA